UUUACUCCCGAAACCCAAGAUGGCUCCUGUGAAUGUCUCAGCCCCAUAGCGAAGCGAGGAUGAGAGUAGCUGCUGAAAAAACAACUUUCCCUCGACCGUCGCAUCCCCUGGAGUUCAGCCCGCAUGCUGCGGAGGAGGCUCUAACAUCCGCCUAGGCCCCGAGCAGCCGUCGGAGCUCCGCGGAGCCUUCCUCCACCCACCGAUUUGGAGUAGUUUCGCGAAGUAGCUCUUCUCGGUGUCGCCGUCUGUCCGGAGCGAGGUUCAGGCAGGCGGUCGGGCAGCUCAUCCAAAUGGCCGAACCGAGAAAAGUGCAGUUUGUCACCCUGUCGGCCUUCGCGGGAGGGACGGCCCCGGAGUCUAGGAAACGCCGGCUGGAGGAGGACGAGGUGGCCGCGAACUCGGAGAGAGCCGGGGAGGCUGAGGCAGGCGGCGGCGGGGCAGGCGGCAGCGACGGUCGCCUCGGCAGGAACGGCGACAGGGACAAGGCUGCCGCCGACAAGAGGGCGACCGUGCGGCUGAACCUGUCCCUGUCCGAGCCCGACGAGCGCACCUCCGCCGAGUUUAAUUAUGGCGAACUCAUUCAGAGCCUCCAGACGAAAAGCAACCCUCCAAGUUUGACUCCUUCCCUCAAUCCCUUCAAUGACGAGGAGCGUGAGCGGCUUGAGGUCGAAGCCCUGGCAAAGAAGUUUGAAAAUAAAUAUGGUAACACGGGUAUGAAAAAGAAAAAGGACCGGAUGCAAGAUCUGAUUGAUAUUGGGUUUGGGUAUGAUGAGACGGACCCAUUUAUAGACAACUCUGAAGCUUAUGAUGAGCUGGUGCCUGCGUCUCUGACCACAAAGCUCGGGGGAUUUUACAUCAACACGGGCACGUUGCAGUUCAGAGCGGCCUCUGACUCAGAGGGAGAGGAGGACAAGAAGCAGAACAAUGAUAAAGAGCAGGCGAUUAAGAAGAGCAAGAAGAAUGAUGUGAACUGUCUGGAAGAGAAGAACCAGAAGAAGAAUAGAGUACCUAAACAGGGAGUGACGGCUCUCAACCUCCACCGACCAGAGAAGAAGAAGAGAAAGAAGCUGAUGAAGGACUCGUUGUACCUGGCGGCCAUGCUCCGCCGCUUCACCCGGGAAAAAGAAGAGAUGAAGAAAAUAAAUCCCAACGUGGAUCACCUUCGUCUGGCAGCUGGUACUGCCGGCAAACCCCACCCCGGAAACGCCAAAACCCUCCCGUUAGCCUCUAAUUGCCCCCAGCUUCAGGGCGGCACGUCUGCCGGCGACCUGUCGCUCGCAGACCUCUCUUCAGACCCCGCCGUCAUGUCCCUGCUGGGCUCCGCCAACGAGAAGGAGCUGCAGGACCUCCUGGGAGACCUAGACUUUAACUUGUUGGACACGGACCAGCAGCACGCGGUGGUGACGGCCAGGGAGAAUGGCAUUCUGGGUAUUGGUGUUCCGUCCCAAAAAGCGGUGGGAGGAAGCGGCCAAGGCCGGAGCCUGGGGUCUUCCGGCGGACUGUUUUCGCCACCGCCGCUGCCCGAUGGGCUGCCUGCUCCUCUAAUUAAACGCAUCGAGGACCUGCGGGCGGCCUCGCGGCAGUUUGAUCAGGAGGGCAGAAAGAAAUUUUUCACCCUGGACAUGAAUAACAUUCUACUGGAUAUUGAGCUGCAGGUCCAGGAGCAGCCCUCUGAGAUGCGCUCAGACAUCUAUUCGCACAUGGAAGCGUUUGUGCCGUGCAACAAAGAGGCCCUCCUCAAGCGUCUGAAGAAGCUCAGCCUUAACAUCCAGGAUGACCGGCUGCGGGCGCCUCUGCUGAAGCUGAAGUUGGCCGUUUGCAGCGUGAUGCCUGAACAGAUCGCAAGAUAUAACAUGGAUUGCAUGGCCAAGGUUGCAAAGCAGCAGUCAGAAGAGGGAGAUAAGAACGGCUCAGAGGAGGAGGAUGAUGACAAACCUGGAAAAAGAGUGAUGGGACCGAGAAAGAAGUUUAUCUGGGACGACAAGCUCAGGACGUUGCUGUGUAACCUGGUGCGUGUGAAGCUGAGCUGCUAUGAGAUGGAGAACCAGUGCGCUCUGUCUGUGGAGGACUACCUCAAGGCCUUCUUGGAGAACGAGGUCAAACCACUGUGGCCCAAGGGCUGGAUGCAGACCAGAAUUUUGUUCAAAGAAAGUCUUGCUGUUCAUGGUCACCUCACAGGAAACCUAGUCCGAAGGAGGGUGGUGCCUGGACCCAAAGCCAAAGCCAAGGAGGGUUUGUGGAUCAACAAACUGCCUCUCACCAUGACCUCCACACCUACUCUGACCUCCAGCCGCCAGCCCCUCCCCCUGGCCUCUCCCCCGGAGCCCAUCUGCCUGUCGGACUCUCUGGAUGAGGAUUUGACCGCUCCCUCUCUGGACUCCAUCUCCCAUGCUCUGGCCCUCCUCAGCAAUGCUUCUAAGGGCCUGGGCCCCGCAGACAGCCCCAUGUCACCUCCCCCUCUUCAGAUGCCCACUUCCUCUCCUCCGCCCGUCGCCCCCCACUACCCCGCUGCCUCUCAGCUGUCGACCUCGGUUUCAUCCACAUUACAGCAACAUUCCCUGUCUAAGGCGGAGGCGGCUCCUCCUGCCGCUGCCUCUGCUGUGAACCUAUCAGGAACAACUCUAGCAACUCUUUCCACUACCUCCUCUUCCUCUCCUGUUGUCACCUCCAUGGCUCGCCUGCACACCUCCGGCCUGUCCUUACCUUCUAGGACUGCAGAUGGUCACUAUGGACAGAUUAAAGCCUCGAGUACUGUUGGCCAAACCCUGACUCAGAGACAUGUUACAAUGGCUACUCCCAGUCACAGGCCAACUUCGGUGAUUGGGAAGAUGCGUCCACACCCCUCCCCUUCCCCUCCCAAGCAGCGACCUCCACCCACUGCUUCCCCCCUGCUGCCCCCCCAUCAGAAAGGUUUCACCUGCCCGGGGGGGAUGCUGGGAACGAUGGCAGCCACUCAAGUCGUGUCCAAGAGCGUCGUUAAAGCCAGCGUCAUCAGCAGCAACGGCAGCGCCCUGAACAGCCCCAUCCCACCUUCCUCUUCCCCUUCAUCGCAGUCCCGCUCCAACUCUACCUCCCACAGCGGCCCGCAGACCUUCUGCCCCCCUUCCCCAGCAACCUCCUCGCCGUCCCCUACCUCGCACACAGCACACCCCUCUCAAAAUAAAUCCCAAACACACCAUCACCACCAGGCCAACUUCAUCACCCCCAUGCAGGCCACCCUUACCAAGUCCUCCCACAGCAGCAACUCCUCCCCCAUCAUUAAACUCACCCCUCGGCCCCCUGCCCCCACCCCGCCCCCGUCCUCCUCCCCAUCCCCGUCCUCCUCACCGUCACACCAGCUCUCCCAUCAGAUGAUCUCUGGCCAACAACAGCAACACCAGUUUUCUUCCAAAACCCCCAAAACGUUUCGGGCGCCCUUCAGCGUAUCGGGCAGCGGGCAAGUGAAGCCGCCGCAGGGCAGCUGCAGCUUUGCAGGCGUCCAGAAGGCUCAGCCCACACCCAGCAGCAGCAGCAGCAACCCCAACAAUAAGGGAGGAGUUUCACUAGAGAAAACUCCGCCCUCUUCCACAACUUCAGUCUCAGCCAAUCAGCGGCAGAGGGUAGUGGGCGGGGCCAUUCAGGGCUCAAAGGCGGGAAAUGGCUGGGCACCUUCAGGUACUCAGGCUACAUCUGCUACAACGUCGCACCUCUCACAGGUAUCAGCUGCAGGCUCUGCUCUGCUGAGCAACCACUCUGCUCUUCCUCUGGGCUUUGGGAUGUUAGGAGGUCUGGUUCCCGUCUCACUCCCCUUCCAGUUUCCUCCGUUACUCAGUUUCAGCGCCCGCGGAGCUGCAGGGGCAGCCAGCGUGGGCUCAAGCCCCAGCUCCAACUCAGGAUACCCGCUAGCACAGAGCGACCUAAUGGAUCUGUAUAAGAGCCUCCAGUCAGGGUCGCAGGCUGCCCUACCUCCUCACUUGCAGCUUGCUUUUUCAGAUGCCAACCAAAGCCAGGGUGGAGACAUGAAGAGGAAGCCCCACUGACCAAUAAGAGCGCAGGAGACCCUGAGAGACGUCAUACCCUCCUGGACCCGCUCACCAAUAGGAAGCCCCCGCUCUGGCCUGCUGCCGUGACGUCACAGGGAAUGGGGCGGGGCUCCGACGGAGCUGAAGGAGCUCGACUUUUCUCCCCCCUACAAGUGGCAGUGACUUACCUGAAUCCUGUUUCGUACAACGACCCGGGUACGAGAACAGGACGGCGUGAAAGAGCAGAGUGCUUCCUUCUGUCCGGCUUGGUUUUCUUUUCGUCGACAUGUUUACAUAUGGCUGACCUCGAUCACUGUGGAAUGGGUGCGAGCGAGGUGGCGGUACGGUGGAGAGCGGCGGUACGCUCCAUUAUAAAAGAUGUAUUUAAGAGUCUGUGGUAUAAAAGGUUGCUUCUUAUUGCAGUACAUAGAAACAGAGGGGAAAAAAGGCAAAACAGAAUAUGGUUAUAUAAGUUUAGUUUUUCUGUCUCUUAUUCGUCUCAAACGUGGGAAUCGUCGUGUCUGUAGACGUUUAUUGUGGGUCACCUCUGCUCCCACUGAUGACUGUUAAAUAGUAGCUUAAAUUAAUACUGAUAAAUUAUUUUUUACACAGGGACAAACCAGGAGUGAGUGCUGCGGUUGACUUGAAUGUGUGUAUGUACAUAGCAGAGCAUAUUAUACUGUUAAGUUCUUUCCAGAUGACUCUCUAAGGACUCGUCCCCCUCUCACAAUAACGAGCAAGCAUAAGUUGGACGGCCGUGUCUUGCUCAGCUUGUUUUUGGUGCUGUUUAAUCACACUGGACCUUUUUUUUUUCCUGGAUAUUUAAAGAAGAGAAGAAAAAAAGAGACUUGAAUUGAAAAAGUUUAGCGAUCCUCUCGUGAGCGGAGGAAACCUUUCUCCUGUGCGAGCGGGGGAAGAAGCGACAGGAUUGUAGCCUACUUGAAUAUUUUCUUUUUAACGUUUCACUGCUUACUUACUCAAACCGACUUAAUAUUAACAAAACGCCUUAGUUUGUAUCGAAUAAGUAUGAAAAAAGAUCUAUGCAGGACUGAAAAAAAGCUCUACGCAAAGUGCAAGUUGUUUUUCCACCUCUUCUGAGCCUGUUGGUUCUUCUCUGGCGGUGGGAUUGUUUAACACGACCACACUCCUUGUUUUUUUUGUUUUGUUUUUUCAUGGUGAGUUCAGAUGGAAAGCAAAGUGAAGUUUUUAUACGUAACUUCUCAGCGCUCCUAGCCUCGCUGGAAUGCACACUGCUGAUACGUGUAAUGACACUAGCAGCGUGCAAAGGCCUUUUUGUCACAGAUACAUGUUUCAGAUCACUACACUAUGUCAGACGAGAUUCUCUGAGUAAAUCUAAAAUGCAGGUUGUCAUUUAUUAGGGGAAAAAGCUAUCCAAGCCCAGCGGUCCCUGUGCGAAGCUAAACCUGCUAACUGCUUGUCCCACCCUCAGUGAUGACGCCCGCCGUCCAGCACCAGCGAUACCGCCUAAUGAGUCUUUUUACACUGUUGUGGCUGAAUUAGACCACAACAGUUCACGGUCACCCUUUAACAUCUCAAGAAGACUGACGUCCAGACUAUCGCCAGAACAAACGGCCGUUUUAUUUUUCAGCCACUCAGAAGGGGCCAGGUGGCUUUUGGGUCAUUGGCCUACUGAAUAAGCGCAGGUCUUUUAAAGCAGAUGUCCUGCUUCAGGAUUCUCUGGUUGAGAACCAAACAGAUUAAAAGGUUGUCCAGGUCCUGAAGCUGCAAAGGUCAAACCAGCAAACUACAACCAACCGGUUUCACUAUUUUAGAUUUUAUUGUUUUUAAUGCUCAGGACGUUCUGAUUUGGUCUCGUUGGUCCACAAAGGAAUGUCAUAGAAGUCUUUGGGAUCAUCAAGAUGGGCCCUUCAGUUCUCCAAGCUCAGCUGUGGUUUUGGUCUUUUUUACCUGGUGUCGUGUUGAAACAUGACCGCUGACCUUAGCUGAGACAAGUGAGGCUUGCAGAGCGUUGGAUGUUGUUCUGGGUGUUUAGUGGCGUCCUGAAUGAGUUGAUGAUGGUUGACUUAUAGUAGCCUGGCUACUCCUGGAAAGGUUCACCACUGUUUCCAGAGGUCAGUGACUUUUUCCCAUUUGGUUUUCAAGUUCUGUAGGUUGAAUCAUUGUGUUGCUUUUUGAAGUCUUGUAGCCUACUUCGUGUAGUCAGACCGGUUUUAUUUAUGUUGUUUCUUUGUAUUAUAGGUCUGGCAGUAAUCAGACCUGGCUCAGGCUAAUGAAACUUAUGAAACAAAAGUAGCGUUUCAUGAUAAGUGUGACAGAUUGUCCUAUAGAGCCAGGUUGGUCUGAUAACCAUUUCCCCUGAUAAAUUAAUUUGAAAACAGGAUUAUGUGUUUACUCAUGUUAACUUUGUCCGGUAUGGAAAUGUAUCUGAUCUGAAACAUUUAAAUGUGGCAACAACAGAGAAACAUUGUUCAGUAAGGGAACAAUGAAUUGUCCCAUCAUUGUAGCUGGAGAACGGCCCAACUGAACAUUGGCUUCCUUCAGCAGCUCAGCGUGUAGUUCUCCAUAAAACAGGCUGUGCUGCUCAUCUCUGGUUCCUUUUGAUGGAAGCACCAUCAGUGACUGUGGAUAAAGCAGACCUGAUCUGCCCUCCUCACCAGAGUGGCACUGACCUUCAUGCUAAACUCCACAUUAGGCAGGUCCAGCUGCUCUAGCGAGCCCUAAGGGUGCUGUACGCUGCUGGUUAUCACUGAGCAUCUAAACUCUGUCACAACACACACUUACUGUUAUUUGUUGGGGCUGAAACAAGCAUGAGGCUAACACUACUUACAAUACAGUGGAGUCUCAAUAAGUGUCAGCCCUGGUCAUGAAGCCUUAUAAAGACUCCAUCUUUUAGUACAGUAGUGUGAUCUCACAUUGACCAGUGUAGAAGAAUCCAACCUUUGAUUUAAGCACAUUUAAUCAGUGAGAAAAGUCGUGUCCAUGGAGUUAUUUAGUUUAACCUCUUACCUGGUUGGAGCUUACAGAGAGAUGUUGGAGCUCUCAUCUUUGCACAAUCACUCCAGAUCUUCCUGAGUCCUCUCUGAUGGUGUCUCUAGCUCCCCCUACAGGUUUCUGUAUGAUUUAGGUCAGGGCACUGAGUUUCACAUGGAACAAAGUGGAUUUUGGGAUGUCAACUGGUUUGCAUGCAUAUCCCGUCAAGUGACACCAUUGAAUCUAUAUGGUCCGCCAGAUUUUUGUUUACAAGGUUCUAGUAUUUCAAAUAUUAAGUGAGGCCAAGCACUCUGUGGAGGUUUCCUGACUGAAAAGCCUUCCUCCCAAUCAGCCUGGCGUAGAUAGGUAGCAUCUACUGGUUAUUCUGGACACCUGAUGACUGCUAGAUGCCACUCCUUCCUGCAGUUCUCCAACAGGGAGGUUUCUAGAUGUUUUAUCCUUUAUCUUCCUGGUCGCUGUGCCUCCAGCCUCAUGACCAGUGGUUGAAAUACAGUGAGCCUCUGUGUUGCGUCAUGUUUAUACCCCGCACUGCAAAUAGGGAACUGAAAGUCACUACGAUUUUCUUGGUAUUAGUAUAUUUUUGCUUGAUUUGAGCAGCUAAAUAAGACUAUUUGCUAGUGGACUGAGUAUUUUACCCCUAGAAAUAAGACAAUUAGACAUCCUGCACUUGAAAUCAGAUGGACAAGAUUUGUUCUUAUUUUAAGCGCAGAGAUCUUAUUCCAUUGGCAAAUAGUCUUAGUUACCUGCUGAAAUCAAAGAAAAAUACACUAAUUUCAACAAAAGUUUACUCAGUUUUAGUUCCCUUUUUGCAGUUGCGGGGAGAAGUUCCUGGAAACUCCACAAGUUUCCAGGAAGUUAAAAGGAAGUUAAAGGAAGGAGAAAAUGGCUCCAGUUACAUUUCAUAGAAAUUGUUCGCCCACUACAGAUUUACUUAAAACGAGUUUUUCUCUGCCAUCUGAUUUGAUUGCACAUGUUGGGUUAGGUCUCAAAUAUUUUCAGUGCUGUUGCAAUAAGAUAAUUUUUUAAACGUCUUGCACAUCUUUAGCGGCCAACCCUGAAAGCUAAAAUAUGGAUUUGUUUUAUUGUCUAAUUAGCAUUUUUCUGUCCAUUGAUUUGAAUCGAGCAGAGAUGGCUGGCCGCCAUCAGACGCUCAACAGGUUAAACUUCACUUUGCUUUCUCUGAACACUGGUAGCAAAACCUUCCCUCAGCUCAAUAUCUCCGUUUACAGAAACUCUACUUUCCCACCCUGGCCAUUGUGUGUGUGUGUGUGUGUGUGUGUGUGUGUGUCUGACCGGCUGCGCCAAGAAAGACGCCAAAGAUUGUUGUUGUAUCUCCUUGUGAUGGGGUGCUGCUGGUCCGAGUGUAUUUCUGCCACUGUUCCCUCAUUUGCACCAACACGUUAACCCCCGAGUGUCAGCGCGGCCCAUCAGUAUGUCUUUGUGAAGUCAUGUGACUGGAGCAGUGGGGGACGUUCUUCUAAGUUGUGCUUUCUUCGGAGGAGUGGGAGGAAAAGAACAGCAUUUUGUGGCUAUCUGGUAACUUAAUUUGGUCUUUUGUAGCUUAUUUUUGUGUGUCUAUGAUGAAAUUAAAACAGAUGGUUUUCAUGAAA